CCCAACCGGAAAUCCCCAAGUCAAGUCAACCGUCGGUCCCACCCCUCUCUCUCUCGGCCCGGCCGUUAUCAAUCCUCCGAAGCUCCAACCAUGCUCUCCUCCGCCUCCUCCGCCGCGUCACCGUUGGGUAGCGGCCUCCGACGACGAUGCCGGACGCUCUCUGCUCGCUCUCGCUGCUCCUCCUCCUAACGACCUCCUUCGCCUUCACUACUGGUUGUCCCUCACGCACGUCCGCAAUGCCCACGGUUGCCUCCACUCCCUUGCUCACCUUCCUCGAGCGCCUCCAGGAGGCCGCCCUCGCCUCCUUCGGACCCCGGAACUUCGAUCCCAAGCUCUAUGUCGACCUCUCCCUCAAGUCCGACAUCGAGACCGUCGAGCGAGCCUUCGCCGACCUCCCGAAGUCGUCUAACGGAUCCGUCUUGGCCGGGGACUUGGAGAAGUUCAUCGCCGUCCACUUUGGGGGCGCGGGGGACGAUCUGGUGUCCGUGCAGCCGGCUGAUUUCGUGCCCGAGCCGGAAGGGUUCUUGCCCCGGGUGAAGAACCCGGCGGUGAGGGCGUGGGCGCUCCAGGUGCACGCGCUGUGGAGGAACCUCAGCAGGCGCGUGGAUGAUGCGGUGAGGGAGAGGCCGGAUUGGCACACCUUGCUUCCCCUGCCUGGGCCGGUCAUUAUUCCCGGUUCCCGGUUCAGGGAGGUGUAUUACUGGGACUCUUACUGGGUCAUCAGGGGCUUGUUAGCUUCUAAGAUGUAUGCAACGGCGAAGGCAAUUGUGACCAAUCUUGUCUACCUCUUAGAACAAUAUGGUCAUGUCCUAAACGGUGCAAGGGUCUACUACACAAACCGGAGCCAACCUCCCCUUCUGAGUGCAAUGAUUCGUGCCAUAUAUGAAAGGACACAUGAUGUGGAAUUUGUCAUGAAGUGUCUCCCUGCUCUUCUGAAAGAGCAUGAAUUUUGGACGUCGGGUCUUCAUCAGAUUACCAUCCAGGACCGUCAAUGUAGUCAUAAUUUGAGUCGCUACUACGCAAUGUGGGAUAAACCCAGGCCUGAAUCUUUCACAAUCGACAAGGAGUCUGCUUCAAAUAUAUCAGGUACUUCUGAAAAACAGAAGUUUUAUCGGGAAGUAGCUUCAACAGCUGAAUCUGGGUGGGACUUUAGUACCAGAUGGAUGAGGAAUCCUGAGGAUUUUACUACUCUGGCAACAACAUCAAUUAUACCGGUUGAUUUGAACAUAUACAUAUUAAGGAUGGAACUUGACAUAUCCUUCUUUGGAAAAGUUGCUGGGAAUCAUAACAUUGCCAAGCAUUUCUUAGAAGCUUCAAAGGCUAGAGAAAAGGCUGUCAGCACCAUUUUCUGGAACGAAAGGAUGGGACAAUGGCAUGAUUAUUGGCUUGGCAAUAGCAGUUCGUGCAUGGAAGGUCAACACUGGGAUGCUGCAAAACAGAACCAGAAUGUGUUUGCUUCAAAUUUCAUACCUCUGUGGAUCGAUGUGUUCAAUUCAGAUAAGAAUUUGGUAGACAAAGUUGCCAAGAGUUUACGGAGUUCAGGUCUGCUCCAUCCUGCUGGAAUUGCGACUUCAUUGACAAAUUCAAGCCAACAAUGGGAUUUUCCAAACGGCUGGGCCCCUCUGCAGCAUAUGAUAGCUGAAGGCCUGGCUAGAUCUGGGUCUAGCGAGGCAAGGUCUUUGGCGGAAGACAUAUUCAUCAGGUGGAUAAGGACCAACUACGUUGGCUACAAGAAAACUGGCACAAUGCAUGAAAAGUACGAUGUGGAAAAAUGCGGGGAAUUCGGGGGCGGUGGUGAAUAUGUACCUCAGUGGCCAUUGUUUACGCAGCUGCUCGAAUACGGCAUAUAUAUGUGCUUUAAUCUGAUCACAACUUCGCCUUCAUGUUGUGCAACAGACUGGUUUUGGCUGGUCGAAUGGCGUCGUGUUGGCUUUCCUGGAGGAGUUUGGAUGGCCAGAAGACCGGAAGAUAGAUUGCCAGUGAGAGAUUAAACCUGUCAAUAAUGA